ACUUUAUUGUCGCGUGAUCUAUCAUUAUUGUGUCCUGAUUAUGCAAAACAUGAUCAACCCAAGAUCAAAUGAAUGGAGUUCCAUUUAUGAAGACUCUCAGCUCAUAUACAGCAUCUUACAAUGUUAUUUCUGAGGCAGUGACUCAUCCGACAGAAGAGAUUCUGUAUUUUGGGACCCAAUUUUCACAUACCCCAACAGGCACUUCUGGAGGUAUUCUGAAAACAGAUUUUAGCUUGAAUGUACUUCAAAUGAUGAAGGGAUAUACUAUUGAUCCUGUAGAUGAGGAUUUCUGUAUUUCAUCUAAUGGAAAAUAUCUUUAUUACUCAAGCCAACAAACAUCAGCAUAUUUUUUGGAAAUUAAUUCUACAGACCUCAAUAUUCUAAACGUCACAACUAUUUCUUCGCUAGCAUUUAACAUGGAUUCUGGAAUUGACUGCUCUGGAAGUAAAAUCUAUCUGACUGGAGUUCAUUCUCCAAGUGGUGUGCAUUAUCUAUGUAGUUUUAUCCGAUUAGACUCAGACGUAUCGUGCUUUCAUUAUGGAGCCACACAAAAGAUGAAUUAUGCUAUUAUCAGCGAAAGCCAAGCCUUUUUGGCAACAAUGAAGCCAAGUUCGAAUAAUUUGUACUUUUUCUCAGUAAAUUUCUCUGGUAACGGAAGAUACGAUUGGAGUAAAUAUGUAUCUUGCUCCUCUAUCUGUAAUACAAAGAGAGGACAAUCUAUAGUGAAUGGUAACUACAUUUAUACCGUCAACUUAUUUGCUGGCCAGACAAUGUACCACACUUUGGAUGUUACAACAGGGAAUGCAGUCUGUCCAGGGUUGAUCUCCUCUUCUGAUCCAAACUUUGUGAUAGACAUAGAUGAAAUUGGAGGAUGUGAUGUUCACAUCAUUCAUACAGAUAGGGAUUAAUUUCAUAAACAUAUUAGUGCAUCCUCUAAAUUGAACUGUCUACAAGGAGUACAUCAACAGCGCAACUAAUCUCUACUCGAUUACCCCCAUCUCUGUUGGUGGGUACGAAUACGGUAUCUUUAGUUUAGAUUUUUCGACUCAGUAUAAGAUAAUUCGUGGUCGCAUAUUUGAUCUAGACAGAUUCUCAGUAUUAAACAGCCAAACUACUACUUUUCUGCCAAUUACCACAAGUUUUGUUGUAAGUGACUCUGGUGUUAUUUCUGCUCUGACAAAGACUUCUCUCUCAAUAAAUCAAGAACUGAUCAACAAUGCAGCAACAGUCCAAUCUGCUGACAUUGCUAUCAAUUCAGGUGGAGCUAGUAAUAUUAUUCUUCAUUCUGCUCUUUGGAAUGAUGAUUUCAGCAACUCUUAUUUGCCAAAUUCUCAUACCAAUGUCACUUUUAUUUGGGCGUGUUCCCACCCAUCCAAUUUCGUGACUAUUUCGUUUGGAUUGCAGUCUUUAGAUGGAGAGAUAGUUCCAAAUUGGGUAUAUCUUGAUGCAACUAAUGAAAUCCUAACUCUCAACAGAACUCCUUCGGUAUUUCAAGACACUGUGUAUAAGUUUGCGCUCUCAAUUGAUGAUGGAACCAUUUCGACACAAAAGAAGUUUUAUAUCACUGUCAAACAGUGAGCAGUCUCAAAUUGCAAGACUUGACAAACUGACGAUCCUGAUAAGUGCAAUAAAUGUGACACUGGAUAUUCACUCAGCAACAGCAAUACCCAAUGUUCCAAAGCUGAUGCAUCUUCUGAAGCUAUAAUGGCUCAAUCUGUGAUAGGAGUAGGAAUUGCAGUGGCCAUUGCAUCUGCAGCAGCAUCGAUGUCUUCACCCGUAGGCAUGUUCAGCUUGAUCAACCAGUUUCAGAUGUACCUGCUGCUACCACUUGUACCUCCAUACUUCCCAGCAAAAGUAGCUCAGUUCAUUCUGGGAGUUGACUUCUCAUUUGUGUCGCUGGACUUCAUUCCAGUGGAGAAGAUUCCUCUAGUUAAGGAGAUCAAAGAAGCUGUUGAUUAUCCUCAAGAAGACAGUUACCUGGAUGAUAUUGGUCUGACAUCGAGCAGUUCAAUUGUGAACUAUCUUCCAAUGGUCUGCUUCAUUCUUGUAAUGAGCCUGUUUCAUUUAACUUUAAGCCUCAUCUAUGUCUGAUGUAAGCAUCCAUUUAAGCACAGAGUAGGCCAAAAAAUUGUGAUGUUUAUGUUUGUAUAUAUGACAUUUGGUUUUUAUAUCAGGCUGAUUAUGGAAAACUUUUUGUUUCAAAUGGUUUCUAUUCUUUUUGAACUCAGAGCUUUCAAAUAUGAUACCACAGUGUCGCUAGUGUCACUCAUUCUUUGUAUCUUCUUCACGAUAUGAAUUACAGUGUUUAUUAUAAUGAUAGCUUUGUCAUUCAUUGCUGGUUGGAAAAAUCCUAGCUCUGAGUUUCACAAUCACUGGACGACAAAAGAGUUGUAUUCUGGAAUCAAAAUCAAUAGAUGUUCCAAAGCCAACUCAAUAGCGUUUAUCGGAGUGAGAUUCAUUUCAAUUUUAUUGCUUGUGCUGAUGGAUGGGACUGCAAAGAGUGACAAAGACAACCAAGCAGAUAAUGUUACUGCUGUGUAUUAUAUCAAGUGAGUGUUCUUGUUAUUGAUCCAUGUGCUACCCUGAUUGUUCUUGUUUAUCAUAAGGCCUUAUGACAGUGUGACCAACAAUGUUAUUGAGUUUAUUCAUCAACUAAACUACACUGUAGCCAUUGCACCUUUGUUAUUUCUAAAAUUCGAAUCAGACUGGUCUACAAUGAAAGAAGACAUGUAUAUUCAAGUGUUAUUGGCAGGUCCGAUGUUUGGAGUACUGAUCAACUUGGGUACCCUGAUCUUGAUAAUGUGCAAAAAGUUGAUAAAGGAGAAAUCUAAUAAUAAGAUAAAUAUCAAGAAAAUCUUAAAGGCAUCAACAUCGAAUCAAAAAGAAAGCAACGCAUCUCAAAAUUCCAAAUUAGGCCUAAAAGAAGAAUCAAAGAACUCCAACAUUCACCCCAGACAUAACAUCUAUUAACCACAAUUCUCAACCACUA